AUCCAAACUUUGUCACUUCACAACUUUAAAAAUUGGGCGUUUGAAAACUUGACAAAUUGACAAUCUACGAACUAACAACUCGACACCCUGUUAAUUGGACUUCGAACUACCGUCAAUACAACAAUGGCAUUACGCACCUUUGUACCUGGAUCCGAGGAGGACAAACAGAUAGCAGGGAUAGUAAUCGACCUAGAGGAUCCAAUCGAUGAUUUCGCUCAGGCAACAGAUACAGCAUCGUUGGCUAAUAGACCGCAACGGCAAUCACGGUGGUGGAAGCGAGUCAAGCGACUUCCUUCUGCCCUUAGUCCUCUGACCGUACAAAACAAACAACACUUUCAGGAAGGAGAAACUAGCAUAAGGUUAGAGAACAAGGCUGAUAGCCCCCAGUUGUGGUGUUUGGAACCCCAAACGGCUUCAAAGAGGGAUAGGGAGAGCCUGGAGAGGUGGGAGAGGGAGAGGGAGAGGGAGAAGGAGAGGGAGAGGGAGAAGUGGGAGAGGGAGAGGUGGGAGAGGGAGAAAGAGAGGGGGGGAGGGACAGGGAGAGGAGGUCAUGGACAGUGAUGGACCUGAUGGUGUAAGAUAUAUCCUUGACAUGAGCAUUCGGAACUUCGCUUGCUUUAUUCUACACCAAACUUGUUAUUUCUUCCUGAAGAAAGCCGCCGAUGAGCUCGC